AUGUGUGCUGCUGGUGCCAAGGGUACCACACGCACACAAAUAAUCAAAGCACUGUAUGCUCAAUCACUAGCAAAACUCAAUACACAAUCACAAAAUAUAUGCAAUAAUAUUAUUAAACCAUUAUCCGAUCAAAUAAUGGUAGCUGAUCAAUUAUAUGCUGCAUUAAAUAUUACAAUUAAACAGUCCUAUAUCAAGACGUUGACAAAAUAUUAUUCAUCUAAUAUUACCGAAUUAGAUUUUGUGAAUGCACCAGUCGGUGCUGUCGACGCGAUCAAUAAUUGGGUAGCAAAUAAAACAAAUAAUUUGCUUCCAACUAUUAUAGCACCCGGUGAUGUCAAUGCAUUGACACGUUUAAUAAUAAUUAACUGCCUCUAUUUUAAAGCACAAUGGUUAACACCUUUUCAAACCACAGCAACAACAAAUCAAACUUUCUACCUUGUCAAUGGCAGUACUACUCAAGUACCAAUGAUGUCUAGUCAAGGACUUUACGAAUAUUUCAAUGCAUCAGCUUCUAUACAAGCACAAAUCAUCAAUAUACCAUUUAAUACAUCAUCUAAACGACUAAGUUUAGUAUUUACAGUUAUUCUUCCAGAUAAUAAUUCAAAUUUAACUACUGUUCAACAAAAAUUAACUAACGGUAUUCUAAAUACAGCAUUCACAUCAAAUAAGUCAAAAUACAUUGUAUUAUCCUUACCUAAAUUUAAAUCAGAAGCAAAGUAUGAGUUAACUAAUGCAUUACAACAACUCGGUAUAAAAGCUGUAUUUGAUCAGCAAAAAGCGGAUUUAUCAGGUAUAACACCUACUUCAACACCAAAUUUAUCUGUUACUAAAGUGUCACAUGGUGCUGUCAUUGACGUGAAUGAAGCUGGUGUUGAAGCAGCUGCAGCAACAGCCGUUAUUAUAGGUUUAACCAGUGUUAAUGCGGGUGAAGCAUUACAAUUCAAUUGUAAUCGACCAUUUUUAUACAUGAUUCGUGAAAAAACAACUGGUUUGUUACUGUUCAUUGGAAAGUAUACAGGAGUAACUGUCAGUGCGUACGAAUUAUCAAUGACAAUAUAA